AUGGGGAAUGCAUUGUCUAAGAUCAACAGUGUGCUGCACGACAGGCUGCGGAGCCUAUUUUCUGGAGACAAGGAGCAGUCGCUGGCGAUGAUUGGGCUGGAUGGAGCAGGGAAGACGACACUGCUGUUCUAUCUGCAAACGGGAGAGGUGCAUACGACGGUGCCCACGCUUGGAUUCAACUGCGAGGUGGUGAAUGUAGGAAGCCUGAAGUUUGUGGUGUGGGACAUUGGAGGGCAGAGCACGUUCAGGAGGUUCUGGAAGGAUUAUGUGAAGGAUAAGUCUGGGAUUGUGUACAUGGUUGAUGCAGUGGACACGAUGAGGUUUACCAGCGCAAAGGAGGGGCUGUGGGAGAUACUGAAGGGGCUGGAGAGGAGCAGCAUGCCGCCGGUGCUGGUGUUUGCAAACAAGAUUGAUCUGAUAAAGACGGAGGAAGGCAGGAAGAUGGCGGUGAGCAGCAUAUACAAUGCGCUUGAGCUGAAGGAGUAUUCUGGAGCGUCGUGUGUGGUGCCGAUCAGUGUGUACGAGGCAAACUCAGUGGCGAACGAAGAUAACCGGAGGAGGAUUGUUGAAGCGUUUGAGUGGCUGAACAAAGAGCUGAAGCAUGUGGAGGCAGAUGCAUACUGA